ACCAUUGUUGAGACUGCUUCUUCUUUGUGCAGUGAAUCCGGGUCUGGAACUGCUUUCAGAACCAAGAAAUGAACUUUGGCAGACUGAAGAAUGUGCUAGCUGCUACAGCCAUUGAAGGGGUGGCUGAGGCAAGGGCCAGGAUAUUUGGUCAUGUGCUUAAUCCAACUGGGCAGAGAUCAUCUCACAAGGUUUUACGCAAGAAGCUCAUUGGUGAAAAGGUGUCACAAUGGUACCCGCACGAUAUAAUGAAAGAUGAUCCUCUUGUGAUGGCACGGCAAGAGCAAGAGCGACUGAGCAAGCUUGAAAUGCUGAAACGUCGUGGAAAGGGACCACCUAAGAAGGGCCAGGGCAAGCAGGCUAAGAAACGCAACAAAUAGAGUUGACGCUUUCACUGGCUUGCAAAUGGUAUCAGCAGCUUUGGGCUGUUUCUAGUGUUACUGAUUGCAAUUUGAUAUCUAACUUUUUUCUCUUUAAUCUCCUGGGACCUUUUCCUGCAACUCAAACAUAUGCUUUCAAUACUCUUCAUGCUUGUUUCGACUUCUAA